UAUAAAGAAUUCAUCACCUCAAAGAAUUGAUUUACUCCCACCCAUCCCAUUGCAACCACAAAAUGAAUUCUUUAACGCUAUUUCUCUCCUUUUGCUUGAUCCUCAUUACCAAUUCUCCUUCGCUGACAAAUGCUAAUGGUUCUGACCUAAUUUCCCAAAUUUGCAAGGCCUCAGUAAACCAAAAUGAAUGCACGGACAUCCUGACAGCUUAUCCUAGAAUUAUGCAUGCAAAUAACUUUUUUGAACUUGCAGAGGCCAUCUUGCAGUUGUCCUUAUACAAGGCAAUAGAAGGACAGAAGUUUCUUAGGACAUUGAUGAAGUCAGAAAAUGUUCCAGCCAUUGCACAAUGUGCAAACUCUGACUAUGAAAGUGUGAUUACAGCGUAUAAGAGUGCUCUAAGCAAGUUGAAAGACGAUCCUAAAACUGCUAAGCAUUAUGCCAGAGAUGCUGGUAAUGGUCCUGUUUCCUGUGAGACAGCCUUGGCUGCUACAACUGUUUAUUUUAACUUUGAAAUUUCUAAUCUUAACAUCCAAAUGGGGUCGCUUAGCUAUAUUGCAACCCUAGUCAUAGAUAAACUUAUUAUUUAGUUAUGGGUCAACUUGCAAUGUAAAUGCAUGCAUAUUUGCUACUUCGAUCAAAGGUGUAGGGAUUUGUCUUUGCUUUAGCAUUUUCUUUGAGA